AUGGCCUCUGACUCCGAUCAUCUUCGUGCCCGCAAGGCCUUUGACGACACCAAGGCCGGCGUCAAGGGCCUCGUUGAUGCAGGCAUCACCACCAUCCCCUCCAUCUUCCACCACCCACUGCCCAUAGAGCACACAGAUCAUGAUCACCACUUCACCAUCCCGGUCAUCGACCUCGCGGCUGCCACAGGUGGUACUACUAGUACUACCACACCAUCCAUGCGAGCUGAGCUGGUUGCAGCAGUGAAGGCGGCCGCAGAGACGGUGGGCUUCUUCCAGGUGGUGAACCACGGCGUGCCCAAGGCGGUCAUGUCGGAGAUGCUCGCGGCAGUGCGGGGCUUCCAUGAAGAGCCGGUAGGGGCCAAGGCGCUCUACUACGGCCGGGACCAUGGUCGGCCUGUGAGGUACUGGAGCAUCUUCGACUUGUUCCAGUCACAGGCGGCCAACUGGCGCGACACCUUGAUCAUCGAUACAGCGCCGGAGCUGCCGCCGCCCGAGGACAUCCCACCCAUAUGCAGGAGCAUUGCACCCAAGUAUGUGAGGAUGAUGCAGCAGCUGGGACGCACCCUGCUUGAGCUGUUGUCGGAGGCGCUGGGCCUUUUCAGUGGCCACUUGGAGGAGGACGCCGCAUGCCUGGAGAGGCUCGCCGGCCACUACUACCCGCCCUGCCCGGAGCCGCACCUGAUGCUGGGCACCACACGCCACUCUGACCAUUGCUUCCUCGCCGUGCUUCUCCAGGACGCCGUCGGUGGCCUCCAGGUGCUUCUCGAGGAAGACUGCGAUGGCAGCAGCAACAACAACAACAACAACAACAACAACAACAACAACAACAACAACAACAACAACAACAAGUCGUCUGCUGUGUGGGUGGAUGUGCCGGUGGUGGAAGGUGCGCUGGUGGUGAACGUCGGCGACUUCCUGCAGAUCGUCUCCAACGACAGGUUCAAGAGUGUGGAGCACCGUGUGGUGUCCCAGAGCAUCGGGCCUCGCGUCUCUAUGGCCUGCUUCUUCCGAAGGCAGGACGCGGCCACGUCCACGAGAGUGCUAGCACCAAUCAUCGCCGAUGGCGAGGCGCGGUACAGGAGCACGACGAUGGCGGAGCUGGUCCGGCACAACAGGGCCAAGGGCCUCGACGGUAGCUCUGCGCUGCAGCACUUGAGGCUCUGA